CUGUUAUUAAGAAAGACAUCAUCUUCAGCACAAUAACAACUAGCAAUCAAUCGAACCAAACUCUUUUUGUCCCAUAUAAACUAAGCAUUUAUUUCCCCGCGAGUGUAAACACCAUCCUCGGGAUGACAUGCUACAGCCCUCCCAAAAGCCCAGGCCAAUCAGGCACAGCGCAAGAUGGGAACUAUACGUCCUGCUACCCUACUCAAAAAGUUUCAAUGUGCUGUCGGACCGAAGGAGACAGUUGUAGCACGAAUGGAUUAUGCAUGAACACAGUGGGCUCUACAGCAACGUACUGGCGAGAAAGCUGCACAGAUCCAACAUGGACCAGUCCCUAUUGUUUGAAUGCAUUUGAUGUGUGCCCCCUCGAUCAAUCUAAUAACACGCCAGUGACAUUCUGUCAAGGAGAAGGAGGUUACUGUUGUGGGGCAAAUAACCCCAUUUGCUGUGGAACUGAUUCCGAAAUCAUCAUUCCACAAAUCCAAACACCUCCGGCCGGCUCCACAUACUCUGGAGAGGGAACCAAUGUUGGCGCAAUAGCAGGAGGACUAAUUGGAGGCAUCUGCUUCAUUUCUGUGAUCACCUAUAUUGUUUGGAGAUUCUGCAUCAAGUCCAAAAGACAAAUGUAUGAGUCUGCAGAUUGGGCUGAAGACUUCGAAGAACCGGCAGUGGAUCGAUACCACCGAAUAGUACCACCAGUACCCGCCUGGAAGAUGCAAGCUAUACAGGCGGAGCAGACACCGCAUCAUUAUACUAGUCCAAGUCACAGAGAUCCGAGUCAUAGGGCUAGAGUCUAUUCUACCGCUGAUGGAUACAGUUUUUCCACUCGCUCGGGGUUUGCGGCGUCGUCUGCGAUGAGGGAUCCGAGUCAUAGGCCAAAGUAUGAUUCUACUAUCGAUGGGAAAAGCGUUUCUGCUCGAUCAGCGUUGGGGACUUCACUUGCUGACCAAGAUCCGAAUCAUGGGCCUGAGGCUAGUUCUACCGUUGAGGGAAAGAGUGCCAUUGAUGAAAGGAGUGCAAUCGAUGGCAAGAGCGCGAAUGACGUGAAGCGUGUUUCGUUUCUCGAGGAGUUACCGGUCGACGACAUUUAGGAGGUUGUCAGACAUUCGAAAUUCUGAGUAGAGGGCAAACUAAUGUAACAUCAUCAAUGCCGUGUCUAUUUGCCAUCAGUCUAAGAUGCUGGUGCAAGGCUACUGUACGCUGUAUGCAGGAAUUUGGCGAAGAUGUUUUGCUGCGGAUAGUGGUCUGGAUAUCCGGCGCCAGGUCGGGCUUCUUCCGAGAGAAAAUCUAUGAUCCGCGCAAGAAGAUUGACAUAGGAACUUUGCCAAGGGGUAUAAGAUACAUGUGUGAUACAUAUUGGUGAUGAGAUCUGUCUGGAGGAAGCAAUGCUGGAGAAGGAGAUGUGAGGAUGUAGGAUGAAAGAGGGGAGACUUGGCAACAAGAAGAAGAUUGGCAGCAGAAAAUUCUUGAACUGUGUUGUUCGAGAAG